UAAUUAAAAGGCUUCAGUGCCCUUUAUAUUAUUUUAAGACCUCACGCACCGAAAAGAUCCAGACAGGACACAAAAUCACGCAACAUUCACAACAAAGGAACAAAUUGGUGAUAAAUUGGUGAUAAGUCAAAGCAACCUCAGCCAUGGCAUACCGCACCUCACAACAAGCAGAAGACGACGAAUCCAAGUCUCGCAUGCUGGCUUCCAUAUUUCCAGAGCUCGAGUCCAAGUUCGGCCAAUAUCCAAUGAAGCACGGCAACUGGAUGUAUCCGAUUCCAACCGAGACCGACCAAUACGGCCGACCGGCCUUUAUUGAAUGCCAAAAAUCCAUCAACGAUACAACUCCGCACAAGGAACACUACGUCUACGGAUCCGUGACGCAUGAGCGACUGGGAAAACGAAGCGGAUAUUACCAUUUGUUGACCAAGGAAGCCCACAAAAUCCUACACAAGCGCACUCAGAAACCCCACAUGAAAUUGCACUAUUUCUUCUGCACCGAUCCCAUCCAACGAACGGCCUGGGCCACCACCCGCCAAAUCGUGCAACUCCGCAGCGUGAGUGGCCUCGCGGACGACGAUCAUGCCGGAAAUACGCGGGAUAUGAUGGUGGCAUUUCAGGGAGAUGCCACGGGCGGGGCGGCCGGUCAAGUCGCGGUGGGAACCAUGGCCAAGAUGGCUAUUAUGGGCGGUCUCUGACACUACUACUACGUACUAUUUCCUCCGUCCUUUCUACUGGAAUGUCCCUGCUUCAAUCCAUCGUCAAUUUAUAAAAUGGACGUUAGAAAUGAGAAGUUUCUUUCCUGCAAUGAUCCCUUUUCAGCGUUUUUGAACGGUUGUGUAUUAUGCUUGUGGAACGCAGCCGAACGUUGAAUAAAGAUUAAGUAUCAAAGCAUUUUGUAAUUUAGCAGCAAGCAGAU